ACGAGAGAGAGGACAGAGGGACAACGACAAUUGUCCCACGUUGCUACUUUGCAGCUCUCUCUCUCUCCCUCUCUCUAAACCCCCACACCAUCUCCAUAAUUUCUACGAAACCUGUUUCACCAAUCCCAGAUCUCUCUCUCUCCUCAAAUUCAUUCACCGGAAAACCACACUUACACUGCUCACCGUUAUCGGAAAACUGCUUUAAUUCACCGCCAAAACCGCCCUUGUUUCCAGUCUCCGUUGACUCUCUAAGCGAUCGGGUCGAAAUGAGUACUGGAGACCUUAUCAGCAUCGAGCCACAGGAGCUUCAGUUCCCUUUUGAAUUGAGGAAGCAGAUCUCGUGUUCUCUGCAAUUAACGAACAAGACUGAUAACUAUGUUGCAUUCAAGGUCAAGACGACGAAUCCUAAAAAGUAUUGUGUUCGUCCUAACACUGGAAUUGUGUUGCCACACUCUGCAUGUGAUGUUAUAGUUACAAUGCAAGCACAAAAGGAGGCUCCUCCUGACAUGCAAUGCAAGGACAAGUUCCUACUUCAAAGUGCGGUCGCUAGUCCUGGAGCUACCACAAAAGAUAUUACUGCAGAGAUGUUCAACAAGGAGUCUGGAAAUCAUGUGGAGGAGUGCAAGUUGAGAGUUUCUUACGUCCCACCACCACAACCACCGUCACCAGUGCGAGAAGGAUCAGAGGAAGGUUCUUCGCCAAGGGCUUCAGUGUCAGAUAAUGGGACCAUAAAUAGAGCUGAAUAUACUGCUGCUUCAAGUGCAUAUGUUGAAAGGGCAUACGUCGAGCCUCAAGACAACUCAUCGGAGGUAAAGGCUCUUGUUUCUAAGCUGACUGAGGAGAAGAAUUCUGCAAUUCAGCAAAAUAACAAGCUUCAGCAAGAAUUGGAGUUCUUGAGACGUCAAAGCAACAAAAGCCAUGGCGGUCUUCCAUUCAUGUAUGUUGUUAUUGUCGGUGUAAUUGGCAUCCUUUUGGGGUAUAUUCUUAAGAGAACAUGACCCCAGAGUUUGCCUUAUGUUGUUCAUCUGUUGUUGUCCCAGAGUUUAAAAUGAUUCAGAACUUUGAAAAAAGACAAAUGUGUGAUGAUCAAUAGGAGGCGGCUUUGUAUUGCAUUAGCCGCCAUGUAAUUGACUUUAGAAAACAUGAUCAAACCGGUUUGAUGGGUUUUGUAACUGCAGGAGCAUUACUUCCUUGUUUGACUAGCUGCUUCUUUGUUGUUAACAUACUUAUUUUAGUAACUUUGAGGUUUUUCUUCAUCAUGUACCCUUUGUUUCUUGUAGAUUUGUUAUUUUGUUUUUUCAGAUUUUCUUUGGCAUAGAAAUACAAUGCGAGGCCAAAUGCCAUGGAUUAGUUUAUUCUA